CCUAUCCAAACUGUUUCAUUUGAUGCAAGAUAGGGAAGGGGAGGUUGGAUCUUCAAAGCUGACCCAAAGGAUGCCUUACUCAGGGGUGGCUAGUCCCUCUCUCAGGGCCUCAGUUUCCCCAUCCACAUAGUGAGGCGCCUGAUGAUUUUUUGGUUCCAGUAACUGCAGCUCCAGGUCUAGCCCUGGCAGAGGAGGGACCUGGAGUCCUGCCGCCCGUGUCUCUGGGAUACGGGAACAAAGAGCCACCCAAACAGGCGUUGCCUUGAGUCUCUCCUUGGCCUCAUGCACCCAGCAUUCCAGAAUGGCAUUAGGCUGGCCGGCUGGCCCCUGGAGCCCCUGUCCCGUAUCUCUGGCCUCCCCCGCAGGGCUCCCAGGCUGACCAGGCCCACAGCGGCUCAGGGAACAACCUUCCCCUCCCCCAGGGUGGCAGCAGGAAGAGGGAAGAAAGAGGAUCGUCUCCAGCUGGCCCAGGAGACAGACCUCCUUGUCCCCAUCAGCCCUGCCGCCCUCCCUCCCCACCGAGGGCUGUCCGCAGGGGCUUGGGAUCGGCCAGAAAAGUCAGGCAACUUUUCAGGGACCAGAAGGAGGGGAGGGGAGGGGAGUCUCCCAGCCUGUGAGAAGCAACAGCGCCAAGCCCUACCCCUCGCUGUGUCCUGUCCACAAGUCCAGACUUUGACCCUGAGCUUCAGUCCCCGUUGGCGGGCAGAGGGCUGAGGACAGGACGCCUCAGAAUCAGGAGACUCCUCUCAGGAGGUAAAAUCCUGCGCCCAGCUGUCUCCUUUCUUCAGAAGUUUGGCAAUCCAGGCCGGCACGAUGCGCGUGGUAGUGAUCGGAGCGGGUGUCAUCGGGCUGUCCACCGCCCUCUGCAUCCACGAGCGCUACCGAUCAGUCCUGCCAUCCCUGGACAUGAGGGUCUACGCAGAUCGCUUCACCCCGCUCACCAACACCGACGUGGCGGCCGGCCUCUGUCAGCCCUACCUCUCGGACCCCAGAAACCCACAGGAGGCGGACUGGAACCAGCAGACCUUCGACCAUCUCCUGAGCCGCGUCCAUUCUCCCAACGCCGCAAACGUGGGCCUGGCCCUAGUCUCAGGCUACAACCUCUUCCAUGAAGCUAUUCCGGAUCCCUCGUGGAAGAACACAGUUCUGGGAUUUCGGACGCUGACUCCCAGAGACCUGGACAUGUUCCCUGAUUACAGCUACGGCUGGUUCAACACAAGCCUGAUUGUGGAAGGGAGGAGGUAUCUACAGUGGCUGACUGAAAGGUUAACUGAGAGGGGAGUGAAAUUCUUCCAGAAGAAGGUGGAGUCUUUUGAGGAGGUAGCAAGAGGAGGUGCCGAUGUAAUUAUCAACUGCACCGGGGUGUGGGCUGGGUCAUUGCAACCGGACCCCCUGCUGCAGCCAGGCCGGGGACAGAUCAUUAAGGUGGAUGCCCCUUGGAUGAAGCACUUCAUUAUCACCCAUGACCCAGAGAAAGGCAUCUACAAGUCCCCGUACAUCAUCCCAGGGAUCCAGGCAGUGACUCUUGGAGGCAUCUUUCAGCUGGGGAACUGGAGCGAGGUAAACAACAUCCAGGACCACAACACCAUCUGGGAAGGCUGCUGCAGACUGGAGCCCACACUGCAGGAUGCAAAAAUUGUUGCUGAGUUGACUGGCCUCCGGCCAGUACGCCCCCAGAUUCGGCUAGAAAGAGAACAACUUCGUUUUGCAUCUUCAAACACAGAGGUCAUCCACAACUAUGGCCAUGGAGGCUACGGGCUCACUAUCCACUGGGGCUGUGCCCUGGAGGCAGCCAAGCUCUUUGGGAAAGUUCUGGAAGAAAGGAAGUUGCUCAAGAUGCCGCCACCUCACCUCUGAAAACACCAGUAACCGCCACCUCCCCAAGGACUCCCCGCUCCCCUCGGCCAACCAGUGUAUCCCCCUCUAAGCUGUCUCUUCUCCACUUCAGCCCUGGCUCCUUUCUGUAAGAAGUACCAGAGGAGAGGAAGAUCACAAGGCCCAUUUCUGGAGGCGAGUCCAUCCCUAUCUGGGGCUCCCUUUGAUCACUGGGGUCUCUCCACCCACUCUGGGCCUGACGGUCUGAAGAGCAGUUGGGGGCCAUUAUACUGCAAGUCCUUAGAAGAAAGGAAAUCUCAGAAAAUCGAAGGGGCGGAGGGCCUG